GGUGCGGCGGGCGGGCGGGCAGUGGCGGGGCCGUGGCGCCCCGCCCGUGGUCACUCCCCCGCCGCCGCCGCCCGCGGCUGCACUCGGCCAGGCCGGAGCGAGCGAAGCCACCACUAGCAGCAGCAGCGGCAGCAGCAGCCCGGGCGGCCCCGCCAUGAGGCCGCUGGCGGGCGGCGGGUGCCUGCUCGUCCUUCUGGCGCUCGCCGAGGCCCGCGUCUUUUUGUCUCAGCAGCAUGCCUCAGAAUACCUGGUUAGGAAACGCAGAGCAAAUUCUUUUAUGGAAGAAAGUAAGAAGGGAAAUUUAGAAAGAGAAUGUGUUGAAGAACUAUGCAAUAAAGAAGAAGCCCGCGAAAUCUUUGAAAACGAUCCUGAAACGGAAUACUUUUACCCAAAAUAUAUACGCUGCCUCACCUACACCCGACUAGGGAUCUCAAGUGUUUCUGUGAUGUCUCCAGAUUCUUCAAGUGACCUGAGGACUUGUGUCACUGAAAUUUCAAAUCAAUGUACCCCUCUGCCAUGCAAUGAAAAUGGAUACACAAAGUGCAUAGAUGGGAAAGCUGCCUAUACCUGUGUUUGUAAACAAGGAUGGCAAGGAGAGAGAUGUGAAGAAGAUAUAGAUGAAUGUCAAGAUCAAGAAAAUAUAAACGGAGGGUGUAGUCAAACAUGUAUUAAUUUGCAUGGAAGCUACCGCUGUUUCUGUGAAGAUGGUUAUUACAUGCUUCCAAAUAAGAAGGACUGCAGAGACUGGGAUGAAUGUAUGUUACGGCCAAACAUCUGUGGAACAGCCAAGUGCCAGAACACGCCUGGAAAAUAUGAAUGUGUAUGUGCGGAGGGCUUCAGAUAUAAUUCAACUACAAAGAACUGUGAAGAUGUGGACGAAUGUGCUGAAAACAUUUGUGCUCAAAUGUGUGUAAAUUACGAAGGAAGUUAUACCUGCCAUUGUGAUGGUCAUAAAGGGUUCAAGCUCUCUCAAGACAUGAAGACUUGUGAGGCUGUUCCAGUUUGCCUCCCGCUGAACCUUGAGCCGAAUUAUCAAUUGCUUUACCUGGCAGAGCAAACAACAGAAAAUGCUGUUCUGCAUUUAAGGUUUAAAUUGCCAAAUGCCAGCAGAUUUUCAGCAGAAUUUGAUUUCCGGACAUAUGACAAUGAGGGUGUUAUACUAUAUGCUGAAUCCUCCAACAACACAGGAUGGUUCUUGCUUGCACUUCGGGAUGGAAAGAUUGAGAUUCAAUUCAAGAAUGAACAUGGAACAAAAGUAACAAGUGGUGGCAAAGCCAUUAAUGAUGGUGUGUGGCAAACAAUCUCAGUGGAAGAACUAGAACACAGUAUCUGUGUUAAAAUAGCAAGGGAAGCAGUGAUGAGUAUUAAGAGCCCUGGGAAUCUUUUUAAACAAAUAAAUGGUUCACUGGAAAUCAAGGUGUAUGUUGCAGGGUUACCUCCCAAAGUGGGCAACACCCUCAUUAAGCAGAUUAACCCUCGCAUAGAUGGGUGUGCCCGGGCCUUGAAUCUGAUGAGUCAGGGACAUUUAGGCUUAACAGAAGUUAUUAAAAAAACACAAAUCAAACGCUGUUUACCAUCUGUGGGGAAAGGAUCCUACUACCCUGGCACUGGAGUGGCAAAGUUUCAUAUAAACUAUAACAAUGAUACUAACACUGGAGAGUGGGUUAUAAAUGUAGCCCUGAACAUUCGCCCAUCCAAAGGCACUGGGGUCAUGUUUGCCUUGGUUUCUGGUGAAUCAGUGCCUCUUGCUUUGUCUAUCGUGGACUCCAGCUCCCCCAACUCACAGGCCAUCGUUGUGACUGUUGGGAAUAUCAUUAUUGCCCGGCUGGAAUCUAAGAGAUUUUGCACUACCAGAAGGACACUGGUAGGAUUCAGUGCAAGCAAACAGCAGAUUGAACUGACAGUUGAUUCACAAACAGAUGUAACAAAUUCAGAGCAAGAGCUGUCUAUCCUGGAUCAAGCAAUGAGAGGAGCUGUUGCUGUUUACACCUACUUAGGUGGUCUUCCAGAUAUGUAAGGCAGGCUUGGAUGCCAUCCUGGUGUGGAAACUUACACAACGCUUCCCAGAGACGAGCCUAUGAAUUCCAUUUCAUCAGCAUCCUGGAUACUAAAAAUCAUGGACUAAAUAUAGACAUUGGAUAUAUGACACAUUAUAAUCUGCCUGACAACUGACUCCCCAGCCCAGCCUCUGGCUUCUUUACCUUUCAUUCCAUCCAGGAAGAGCACACACCAACUGCUGAAACUUCCUUAGCCUGACGAAGGGUUUUUGAACCCGAAAGCUUGCUUAAUAACUAUUCUCCAACUAUUUGGGUUGGUCUAAUAAAAGAUAUCAGAUUCACCCAAGGAACCUUGUCUGCCUAUGUCCUUAGACCAACAUAGAUACAACCUACACCCCUAUAAUAAAAUGACACAUUGUAUUAAUUUAAAGAAAGUUAAAACAUAAUAUAUGAUGAUAUGUACAAAUAAAGAAAAUGAAGCAACUUAAAAAGAGGGUAAAAAAAUUAAAAACAAUUAUAUUUGAUUUUGGCCCUUAUUCUUUGCGCAGGUAGUGCAAAUAAACCUGCAGAGUAUAGGACUGAUUGUAAGAGAGGAGCCAAAUUGUUUUUUCUUCAUUACUCCAAUUUUAAAAAUUUCCCUUUAAUUUCUUCAAAGAAUGAACAAGGCCCCAAAUAACUGGCUUUUCUGACAGGGAUACCCUUCCUGUUGCAAAGGAAUAUGAAGAUUAAUUUAAAAAUUAGUUCAGUAUUUUUUAAUGAAAUAUGGGGAGUUCUACUGUGUCUACCUGUUAUUCAGCAGAUCAGCCAUAAUAUAGAGAACUAUUUUACCAGGACUCUUCAUUUAGAGAAGAGAGAGGACAUGGACACCCAAGAGGGUGAAAGCUGGAGACUUGUGACUUCUGGCAACAAGCAGAGAUCACCUCCACCUGCAGUGGGUCGUGUGGAGAACAGAUAUGCAGCCCUAGCAGCAGAGAGGAAGGAGCACGUUCCAUUGGUGGAGGAAGACAGGCCAGGGCUCACCAAGGUGGGAAGGAUCGAGAUGAUCGCCACCAAGAAGUGAUGGGUGGUGGGGGCUGGAAACUCCCUUCACGGGGGACAGAGGGAACCAUUUGCUGUCCUGACCUGUUGUCUCUGGAGAUCUGCUGCAGAUCCAGAGCCUGGAUCUGAGAUGUCACGGAGGGACUACCAAGGCUCAUCCAGCCCUCUGACUACUACCCCAUGCUGCUCAUCCAUGUGGGCACCAAUGAUGCUGCCAGGGGAGACCCUGAGCAUAUCAAAACUGGCUAUAGGGUUCUGGGUAUAAGAGUAAGGGGGUCUGGAGCUCAGGUUGAGUUCCUGUUGAUCCUUCUGAUGAAGGGAAAGGGACCAGGCAGGAGCAAGUGCAUCCUGCAGAUCAACACCUGUCUGUGCAGAUGGUGUUGCCAGUGGGGCUUUGGCUUCUUUGACCAUGGGAUGGUCUUCCAAGAAGAAGGAUUGCUGGGAGAAGAUGAGAACCACCAGAUGAAGAGAGGGAAGAGCGUCUUUGCAGACAGGCUCGCUAACCUAGUAAGGAGGGCUUUAAAAUAGGUUCAGGAGGGGAUGGAGACUAAAACCCUGAGGUAAAUGGGGAAGCUGGAGACCUGGAGGAAGAGCAAGCAGGAGGGGGCAACAGGAUAAGUACUCUCAUACUUCUUGAGAAAUCAGGGCAAUCAGCUGGUUACCUCAAAUGUCUGUACACAAAUACACGGAGCCUGGAAAACAAGCAGGAAGAACUGGAAGUCCUUGCAUAGUCACAGAACUAUGAUAUGAUUGGAAUAACAGAGACUUGAUGGGAUAGCUUACAUGACUUGGAGUACUGUCCUGUAUGGCUACAAACUGUUCUGGAAGGACAGGCAGGGGAGAAGAGAAGUUGCACUUUAUGUAAAGAACCACAUGAUUGCUCAGAGCUCGAGUAUGAAACUGGAGGUAGGCCUAUUGAGAGUCUCUGAGUUAAGGUUAGAGGGGAGAGCAACAAGGGUGAUGUUGUAGUUGGGGUCUGCUAUAGAUCACCAGACCAGAAGGAAGUGGUGGAUGAGACUUGCUUUAAACAGCUAGAGGUUGUUUCCUGAUCACAAGGCAUGGUUCUCAUGGGGGACUUCAAUUACCCUGCCAUCUGCUGGGAGGGCAAUACAGCAGUGUGCAGGCAAUCUAGGAAGUUUCUGGAGAGUACUGGGGACAACUUCCUGAUGCAAGUGCUGGAGCACCCAACUAGUGGCCAUGCUCUUCUUGACCUGCUGCUCACAAACAGGUAAGAAUUGGUGGGGAAUGUAGUAGUAGAUGGCAACUUGGGCAGUGGUGACCACAGGAUGAUUGAGUUCAGGUUCCUGAGGAAAGGAAGGAUGGAGAGCAGCAGAGUAAGGACCUUGGACUUCAGAAAAGCAGACUUCAGCUCACUCAGGGAACUCAUGGGCAGGAUCUCCAGGAAAGCCAGUCUGAGGGGGAGAGGAGUUCAGGAGAUCUGGCUGUACUUCAAAGAAACCUCACUGAGAGUGCAGGAACAAACCAUCCCAAUGUGCAGGAAGACCAGCAAGUAUGGCAGAAGACCAGCUUGGCUUAGCAGGAAACUCUUCAGUAAACAAAAUCACAAAAAGGAAGCUUAUAAGAAAUGGAACUUGGACAAAUAACUAGAGAAGAAUAUAAGAGCAUUGGUCAGGCAUGCAGGGAUGAAGUCAGGAAUGUGAAAGCGCAACUGGAAUUGCAGCUAGCAAGGGAUGUGAAGGUUAACAAGAAGGGUUUCUACAAGUAUGUUGAUAGCAAGAGAAGAAUCAGGGAAAGUGUGGGUCCCUUACUGAAUGGGGGAGGCAACCUUGUGACAGAGGAUGCAGAAAAGGCUGAAGUGCUCCAUGCCUUUUUGCCUCUGUCUUCACAGGCAAGAUCAGCUCCCAGACUACUGCACUCUAGGCUACAGACUACAGUUUGAGGAGGAGGUGAGCAGUCCUCCGUGGUAAAAGAACAGGUUUGGGACUACCUAGAAAAGCUGCAUGUGUAUAAGUCCAUGGGGCCAGAUGCGAUGUACCUGAGGGUACUGAGGGAGUUGGCUGAUGUAAUCGCAGAGCCAUUGGCCAUCAUCUUUGAAAAGUCAUGCCUGACCAACCUGAUUGCCUUCUCUGAUGAGGUGACUGGCUCUAUGGAUGCAGGGAGACCUGUGGAUGUGGUGUACCUUGAUCUUAGCAAAGCUUUUGAUACGGUUUCCCACAACAUUUUCCCAGGCAAGCUAAGGAAGUAUGGGCUGGAUGAAUGGACUGUAAGGCAGAUAGAAAACUGGCUGGAGCAUUGGGCUCAGAGAGUAGCAAUCAAUGGCUCAAUGUCUAGUUGACAGCUGGUAUCAAGUGGAGUGCCCCAGGGGUUGGUCCUGGGGCCGGUUUUGUUCAAUGUCUUCAUCAAUGACCUGGAAGAUGGCUUAAAGUGCACCCAUAGGAAGUUUGCAGAUGAUAACAAUCUGAGAAGAGUAGUAGAUACGCUGAAGGGUAGGGCUAGGAUUCAGAGUGACCUGGGCAAAUUGGAGGAUUUGGACAAAAGAAAUCUAAUGAGGUUCAACAAGGACAAGAUUAUUCUGUCCUGCACUUAGGACAGAACAAUCCCAUGCACCAGUACAGGCUGGGGGCUGACUGGCUGGGCAGCAGCUCAGCAGAAAAGGACAUUGAGGUUACAGUGGACAUCAAGCUGACUAUGAACCAGCAGUGUGCCCUUGUUACUAAGAAGGCUAAUGGCAUACUGGGCUGCAUUGGUAGGUGUAUUGCCAGUUGGUCAAGGGAAGUGAUUAUUCCCAUCUGUUCAGCACUGGUGAGGCCACAUCUGGAGUGCUCUGUUCAGUUUUGGGCCUCCCACUACAGAAAGGAUGUGGACAAAUUGGAGAGAGUCCAGAGGAGGGCGACAAAAAAGGUGAGGGGGCUGGCGUAUGUGACCUAUGAGGAGAGGCUGAGGGAACUGGGCUUAUUUAGUCUAGAGAAGAGAAAACUGAGGGGGGACUUAAUAGUAGCUUUCAACUACCUGAAGGGGGGGUUGAAAGAGGAUGGAGCUAGAUCGGUCUCAGUGUUGGCAGAUGACAGAACAAGGAACAAUGGUCUCAAGUUGCAGCAAGGGAAGUUUAGGUUAGAUAUUAGGAAGAAUUUUCUCCCUAGGAGGGUAGUAAAACACUGGAACAGAUCACCUAGAGAAGUGGUGGAAGCUCCAUCCUUGGAGGUUUUCAAAACCUGGCUAGACAAAGCUUUGGCUGGGAUGAUCUAGUUGGGAAUGGUCCUGCUUUGAGCAGGGGGUUGGACUAGAUGACCUUCUGAGGUCCCUUCCAACCCUCAUUUUCUAUGACUCUAUGUAGAGUCUGCAUGACCUGUGGGUUGUAACAGAAUAAAGUCAAGAAGGUUAUGUUUUAUGAUUCCCAAGUGACUGUGAUAGUGACCAUUAAGUGCAUAUCCCUACGAGUGGAAAUGUAUGUUUCCCGGGGACAACUAGCAGCAGUAUAAAUAUGUUCUUCCCUGGGGAGCACAUAUAUGCUGCUGCUGGUUGUCCCCAGGGAACACCCCUGCAUCCAUGCUUUGGUAUGCGGCAAAUCGCCCCAGGUGGGCUAGGGGAGGCUGGGUCCAGCACUGGGCUGGAGCCUGGCUGGCAGCUGGAGUGUGGCUCUGGCCAGCCAGGCUCCGGGGUUUGGGUGGUGCACGCUCUAAUUAGAACACUUGAGCAUGCUCAACAUCGUGUGUUCAGCGUCCCUGUGUUUCAAAAUGGUGGUGGGGCACAUUAGCUAAAGCUUGUCCAACGAUCUUUAGUUAAAGUGCUCCCACUGCUAUUUUUUAAGCAUGUGACUCUGAAUACAUGAGAUGCGGAGGGUGUUGCUGCUCUAAUUAAAAUGUCCUCCUCCCACUCCAGAACACUUAUAAAGACACCCUAUAUUAUUAGUGUUCUGCAGUUUUCUAUUUCUUUAUUGACUACAGAAAAGUUCCAUUUUGUUGGGUUUCUGGAUUAGAGGAAGGUUAUACUGCUUACCUCAAAUAUUCUUCACUCUCCUAAGUUUGGAGCCUUCAUCUUUAGUAUGUGUGAACAAGGGGGAAAGAAUUGACCAAGUCAGUGACUAAAUUCCCAUUUUCUCUCAUGGAUCAUGCUGACUUGUGAGCAGGGAUCCUGGUUUUCUCUGUUGAAAAAUCACAAAUUUUCUGAUAAAAAAUAGUGAAUUUGCUGAUUAAACCCCCCCAAAUCCGCGAUUAAAAUGAGACACCACUAUAUAUAUAGAUAUGAAUUAACGCAAUGUUUUAUUGAUAUAGUUACAACUUUAAAGCAAUUUGGAAGCCUACCAGUGCCUCAAUCACUAUAAUAAAAUAAAUUCUAAGUACCUAUA